AUGCUCUUUAGCUCGUUGCUCGCCACCGCAGUGGCCCUUGGCUCUGCCUCUGCCGCCUUGCCUGAGAUCGAAGUUGUAGGCAACAAGUUCUACUUCUCCAAUAAUGGCUCCCAGUUCUUGAUGAGAGGCAUUGCCUACCAACAAGACACUGUCAACCUCACUUCCUCCGAUGGUUACGUCGACCCAUUGGCCGACCCAGACACUUGUAAGAGAGACAUUCCUUACUUGCAAGACUUGAACACCAACAUCAUCAGAGUGUACGCCUUGGACCCCACCAAGGACCACACCGAGUGUAUGAAGGCGUUGGACGAUGCCGGUAUCUAUGUCAUUGCCGACUUGUCCGAGCCAAAGAACUCCAUCAACAGAGACAGCCCUGCGUGGAACACCAAGUUGUUGGAGAGAUACACCACCGUCGUGGACGCUUUCCACAACUACACCAACAUCUUGGGUUUCUUUGCCGGUAACGAGGUUACCAACGAGGCCAACAACACCGUUGCUUCUGCUUACGUGAAGGCCGCCGUUCGAGACACUAAGGCCUACCUCAAGGAGAAGAACUACAGAUCGAUCCCCGUGGGUUACUCUGCCAACGACGACAUUGCCAUCAGAGUGGAGCUUGCUGACUACUUUGCCUGUGGCUCUGAGGACGAAAGAGCAGACUUUUUCGGUAUCAACAUGUACUCGUGGUGCGGUUCUUCUACCUGGGAAGAAUCUGGCUACAAGAACCUCACCCAGUACUACGAGAACUUGGGCAUUCCAAUUUUCUUCUCUGAAUACGGUUGUAACGAGGUGCAGCCAAGAAAGUUCCAGGAGGUCGGCACGAUCUACUCUAGCAAGAUGACCGACACAUGGUCCGGUGGUAUUGUCUACAUGUACUUCCAGGAGACUAAUAACUACGGUCUUGUUACUGUUUCUGGCUCUCUGGUUUCCACCAUGGAUGACUACAAGUACUACAAGUCUGAGAUCCAUUCGAUUUCUCCAUCGUAUGCUUCGAUCAACACUGCCUCUGCUUCUGCCAGCGCUACGGUGACCUCUUGCCCUGCUGUCAACAACGUCUGGAGAGCUGCCACGGCUUUGCCUCCUACUCCUGACUCAGACAUCUGUGAGUGUAUGGACAAGUCCUUGACCUGUGUCAUCAAGGACAGUGUUGACUCUGACGACUAUACUGAGCUUUUCAGCUACCUCUGUGGCUCUGACUCUGGUAUUUCUUGCGACGGUAUCAGCGGUAACGCUACUACCGGUAAGUAUGGUGCUUACUCUGCUUGCGAGUCCAAGCAGAAAUUGAACUUCCUCCUUAACUUGUACUACAAGGAAAACGGCUCGAAGGACUCUGCCUGUGACUUCAGCGGCUCUGCUACAACCCAGUCUGCCACCACUGCUUCCUCUUGUUCUGCCUACAUCUCUAGCGCUGGUGAGUCUGGUCUUGGUACUGUGACUGGCAACAUUCUCAAUGCUAGCGGAACUUCUGGCUCUGGAUCUGGAUCUGGCUCUGGCUCUAGCUCCAAAUCCGGUUCCAAAUCCGGGUCUUCUUCUGGCUCCACCAGCUCUUCUAGCUCUAGUUCGGGCUCCAAGAGCGGUGCUUCCCGUGCUUCCGCCUCCACCAACACUGCCUUGUUGAUGAUCGGCUCCUUCAUAUUCGUGACCUUGAGCUUGAUCAUGGUUUAG